CCGAAAGAUACAACUGCUGUUCAGCAUCCGGCGGGCGUCAUUGGUGAUGAACUUGCCACAAGGAAAAGAUCGCUCGGUUCACGGUCUAUCUUUGACUUGAAGAUGUUCAAACUUCUGUCCAAAAAGGUGCUGUUUUCCAGUUGAUCGGGUGGAAUUGAGUGUCUUUAGAAUGUUGACCAUAGUAGCGGAUGUCCUAGGUGCAGGGAGCGACUUUGUAAAGUUGACUAGCAAUUCAUCGAGCCGAGAGAUACAUCUGCUGUUCAGCAUCCGGCGGGCGUCAUUGGUGAUGAACUAGCCACAAGGAAAAGAUCAUUUGGUUCCCGGUCUAUCUUUGACUUGAAGAUGUUCAAAUUUCUGUCCAAAAAGGUGCUGUUUUCCAGUUGAUCGGGUGGAAUUGAGUGUCUUUAGAAUGUUGACCAUUAGGCAACUCUUCCUUGUGUGCAUCGGGUUCGCAUUCGCCGCCCUGACCAUCUGUGCCAUUUAUGUCAACACCAUCGGGAUGGACACUGGGUACCAGACACUCUCCAGGAAACAACUCACUGAGCACAUACUGUCGGUGACCGGUCAGGAGCACAGACUAACAGAGAUGUCCCAUGCAGUGGCAGGAUCCAAAACAACCAAUGGGUCACAUACAAGGACAGUUACCGCAGCCCGCAAUUCAGGUUCCAUAAAAACCAACACCACGAGACCUCUGCCAACCAAAAAACAGGAGAAAAAUGCAACGGUACUGGACACCGGCAGCCACAAUCAGACACUGAAUUUACACGACUUGAGCAAUGCCAGUGACGUCAGAACGUUGUCAAGACAGAGAGUCUCAAUGAUCGACGGUGUUUUGCCAGUGAACGCCACGCCAGAUCCGUUGUACACUCACCAUGGCUACAUAUCUGUGCUGGAUCCCAAAAAGAAAUUGAACCUGCACUGCAUGCAGUGUGCCUUGGUGUCCAGCUCUGGUCAGCUCCUCGGGUCUCGUGUGGGCUACCUGAUCGACGAAGCCGACUGCAUCUUCCGCAUGAACGACGCGCCGGUACCCAGCUACGAAGAGGACGUUGGCUCGCGUACCACCGUGCGCGUGGUCGGCCACGCCGCCACUCCAAACCUCAAAAACAAACGCAAGUUCUUACUGCAGGAUAGCUCCUCCCGGUACGUCGUAGGCUGGGGACCGUCUAAGGCCAUGCAGACCAACGGGAAGGGGUACGCGUACAAACACUUGAAGGAUUUAACGCAGAAGUUCCCAAAAGUUGGGUUUUUUUAUCUGACGCAGGAGCAGAUGGCAAAAGCAGAUGAGAUAUUUGAAGCGGAAACGGGGAAGCCAAGAAUGGGCUCUGGAACAUAUUUGAGCACGGGAUGGUUCACCAUGGUCCUGGCCCGCGCGUCGUGUGACGAGAUCCACGUGUAUGGCAUGGUUAACGACGAGUAUUGCCAAAACCUGACCAACAAAAAUGUUCCUUACCACUACUACGACCGGAAGGGCAGAAAAGAGUGCGACUACUACAGAGCUAACGAGAAGGGGAAAAAAGGCGUCCACCGCUUCAUAACGGAGAAGAGUAUCUUUGCCCGAUGGGCGCUGGAACAACCACCGAUAUACUUUCACGUACCGGACUGGAAUCCCAGAUGAUCGCAAGGCCCCCCCCCCUCCCUUUCCUCCUUUGAAUAAUACAAGCUUGGUGAUAAAAUGGCAUGUAUUCAUUGGAGGGGUAACCUUAACUUAUGUAAUAGGGCUGUGUAUUUUUGAAUAUUUAUUCCCAUUCAUAAAUACCUUUUCGGUCAAAAAAUAUAUACUUUUCGGUCUAAAAGUCCAAACAAGUCAAAAAUUAUAAAUUUCUAACAAUUUUGUCCAACAAGUUUACUUCGUUUUUUUUCUAAACACCCCUAUGGUAUGUCUCUCGUGAGCAGUCAUAAACAACUCCUAAUAUGGAGAUUGGCAUGUGCGUCGCGUGUACUGCGCAAUGUGGCGCAGAAUGCAGCUGUGCCGGUGUAGUGUGAAUUUAGGACUAUGAAAUACCGACUCAGUAGUAUUGCGCAUGCCUACAUGAGGAUUGUGAACGUUCAACCAAUAAAACGGUAAAAGGCACCGGAUUUCAUAGGAGUCCAAAUUUCAUGUGACACUGGAAAAGUGUUUAAGACCUGCCAGCCGGUCUUUAUCAACUGUGUCAAACUGGCCACAUGACGGGCUCUCAACCAAUAGCACUUGUCGAAAAUUGACAUAGAGCUUAUUAGCAUGAUAUAAAGAACAGGUAGCGGAAUGGCUGAUAUUUGAAUGAUUUUAAUGAAGAAAUUUGAGAUUAUCUCCUCACGGAAGCGCUCAAAUCUUCUGCAAAAGCAGUUUUGGACAAAAAGCGUGGCAUUUGACAACCAAUAAAAACACGCAACUUUGAUGAUGAAAAUGACAUCGGUUUUUCAUCAUCUUCUUGAUGCUGCUUGCAUUUUUUCGAAUUUUGGAAUCGAAAAACUGCUAUUUGGAUAUUCGGUUGAUGAUUCAACAUUAGAAUAUUCGGUUUGCUCAGCACAGCUCUAACGUGUGUACCAGUACUUCUUGCUCAGUUAACCGUUAGGCCAAAAAAAAAAAUUCUCUGGUUUCUGGUAUGCGCGCGUGUCACCGUAGCCAUGCGCGUCGGCCAAAUGAAAAAGUUUUUUUUUCGAUGAAAGAUGAUGUCUCAAAACCGCUAAAC